AUGGUGUUCCAUUUCCACCCCACACAUCAUUCAAUGCCCCAUUACCUCCUCCCCCAUCCUCAUCUCCUCCUCCACCAUCGCCCAUCUCCCCUCAACACGGUGUUCCAUGUCCACCCCACACCAUCAUUUAAUGCACCCAUUACCUCCUCCCCACCAUCCUCAAGCACUUCUCCCCCACCAUCGCCCAUCUCCCUCAACACGGUGUUCCAUUUCCACCCCACACCAUCAUUCAAUGCCCCCAUUACUCCUCCCACACCAUCGCCCCAUCUCUUCAACACGGUGUUCCAUGUCCACCCCACACCAUCAUUUAAUGCACCCAUUACCUCCCUCCCCCACCAUCCUCAAUUUCCUCCCCCACCAUUGCCCAUCUCCCCUCAACACGGUGUUCCAUGUCCACCCCACACCAUCAUUCAAUGCCCCCAUUACCUCCCUCCCACCAUCCUCUCAAUCUCUCCCCCACCAUCGCCCAUCUCCCCUCAACACGGUGUUCCAUUUCCACCCCACACCAUCAUUCAAUGCCCCACUACCUCCUCCCACCAUCCUCAAUUUCCUCCCCCCACCAUCCGCCCAUCUCCCCUCAACACGGUGUUCCAUGUCCACCCCUAA